AAUACCUUUCAUUCUACGCUCCCAUCGGUUCUGCAGGAGCUUCAGUAAAGCCGGAGCGUAUUUUGGACAACAAACAUCAUCCGAUAAACAUCAUGUACAUAUAUGGUGAAAUUGACCUUGAUCGCCGUGGUUAACGACCUCACCCCGUCUGUAGGGUAUACCGUGUGCUGGAAUUGUUGGAAGUGUUUCGGUAUUUCUAUCCUUGACACACGGAAGUGAGGAUAGAGGAGAGUGACAGGGUGUCCACUGUCCACUUGUUAGGGUGAGGAGGAGCCGAGGAGGAGCGCAUCUCCACCGCCUCCGACCUCAGACGCACACAGGAACAUGGCUCCGAAAGACGCGCUUCUCGGUACUCUUAAAGUGUGCAUCAUGAAUCUCCAGUCAGACGGGAACGUAGUGACGGACAGCAGUGCGCAUCUGCCCUCCUGCUGCGAGCUGCUGGAGUUCAUCUUGAGGAAAGGACUACAGCAGCCAGUUCUCAGCCUGGUACACAGGGAUUACUGGCACUGUUUCGAGCUCCUCCCCCAGUACGACAGCUGUGGCAGCUUCUCGGCCCUGGCGCUGGCGCUGGACCAGAGCCGAGGGUGUAAGAAGCUGCUGGGCCCCCAGGGGAGAGGGCGCUACCUGCUGCGGCUGGCCCUGAGCCGCCGGGGCCUGGGGCGCUUCGUCACACACCUGCUGCACACGCCCCGGGUCCUGGAGUGGUACAGCUCAUCUUGUUCAAUCCUAAGGAAUGAGGAAUCUGUGGAACCCUUCAUGUCAUUGCUCCUCGUCCUCUCUCAGAUGGACUUCCAACUGGAAAUAGAAAAUUGCAGUUUUCUAGACGAGAGCUGGCUCUUACCUGUGUGUGAGAUAUACGAGACAGUGCCCUGUCGGGAACUGGGAAUGGUGCUGAGGUAUCUGAGAGGUCGUGUGUUUGUGUUGGAGCUGUUACCGGGGAGCCAAGCUCAGGUAGACCGCGCCCUCUGCCCUGGGGACAUCAUCGAUGAGAUCAACGGAGUCUCCCUGCGCAACUCCAAGAACGGACAAGCGGGCGUGGUCCUCUCCAGGCUGAAGGGCCUGCCGCUGUCCCUGCGCGUGCUGCGCUGGCGGGCCCGUGACGGCUCCUCGUACCGGCCCCUGAUCAAGCUCCUGCGGGAGCUGCGGACGGAGAACCCCACCCUGGACCUGGGUCUGGCCCCGUCCGCACCCCCCCAGGCCGGCCCACACCGCCCCCCCGCCUCCUCCACGCUGUGCCUCAGAGACGGAAGGCGGGUUGGGGGGGUUCGUUGGGUGGGGGGGGGUUGUGUGCACGUGUGCUCCCAGAAGUAG